GAUAACUUCUCCUUGCGCGUUGCUUGGCGGGAGUCGCGGGAAAAUAAACUAAAAAAAAAUCAGUGUGUCCCGCAAAAUUGCGUGCGAUCAGUGGAAAGCGACGUGCGUCGUCAGAAAGUUGCGUAGAGUUGUUCGAUGCGUUGAUUAGUUCAUUACGCGCUAGUAAGUUACCAAGAUGUGAUAUGCAGAUGCUGCUGUUUGAACAUAAGAGAACGUAUAUGAAGAUGGAUUUUUUGUUGAGCUCAUGACAUGGAGAAAUAUGGAUCUCUACUUAUUAUAUGCUGUAUGGAUUUUAUUUCUGUUUGAUUUUAUACAGCACUUUGUAGCAGGUCUCGAGUGCGGAUAUCCGGGCGCCCCUGCUUUUGGGAGGCCCCAUCCCGUGAAAGAAAGUUACAAUCCCGGAGAAGCUGUCUCCUUUACAUGCGUACAAGGAUAUGCUUUGCAAGGGCCAUUCCAAAGAGUCUGCAUGCCGAAUGGCACCUGGGUGGGACCCAUACCCCUGUGCGAUCGGAGUCUAUCCAGCGUCGAACAUCAAGCAUCCUCGAGGCAGACACUCAUAUCCUAUCCUGCCAACCUGUCCAUCGACGGAGACAGAGAGACCUGUGCUUACACAGAUAAAAUGCGACCUCGUUGGAUCCGGAUCGACAUGCGACGAAGUCAGAGAGUGAGAGCUGUUGCCAUCACUAUCCCAAAUGGAAUCUACUCAAGAGAUGCUGCACAGUUAACCAUCUACGCCAUUAGCGUCCGAGAUUCGACAACGGCUUCUUAUCAUAAGUGUGCUGAUUUCAACGGGAGAUUUUCUUCGCGAACGUUGAAGCUAUCCUGCGCUGGUGGCGAAGUUGAAGGCCGGUACAUUCACGUGGAAGACAAAAGAAAUCGAGUAAAUUAUUUCAGCCUCUGCGAAGUGGAAGUUUAUGCUAAUAAAGGCAGCUAUGACUGUGGGGAAGCUGAACGCCCGACGCAUGCAUAUUCAGUAAGAACAGAGACAGGAGCUAUCAACUAUCGCUGCGUCUACGGAUAUCGACUGGAAGGACCACCAAUAAGACACUGUCUACAAAAUGGCCAGUGGUCAUUGUAUCAACCUAUAUGCCGCGAAAUCAUCUGCCCCUACCUGAACGAGAUCGAGCACGGCCGAAUAUUUUACUCAGGGAGAAAGAGGGACCAGUUGACUUUGGGCACAAUUGCUAAUGUGAGCUGUGACUACGGGUAUCGAAUUACUGGGAAUCCCCUUCAGUGCGAAGAGGAUGGCAGCUGGAGCAAGGGCAACCUCACUUGUCAGCCCAUAGAGUGUGGUAUGCCUUUCGCCCGUCAUGAAUCUGAACAAUAUAUUUUGCUAAACGGGACCACAAAUUACGAGAGCAUCGCUCUUCUGAAGUGCGGAGACCAAGAGGCUAUCCUCAUCUGCAGAGAAGAUGGAACGUGGAGUAUACCGGAGCUAGACUGUGCGACACAAAGUAAAUACGAAAGCUGUGUUUAAGCUGAUUGAACAUUUUAUCUGCAUAUGUUCCUUAUCUGUCUCCUUUUCUUUGUCAUAAAUGAUAUUUUUAUUACUAAUAAAAAGUAUAUUUUAGUUCUA